AUGUUCUCGCCGCCACGCCGUGAGAAGGCACGAGCCGAAAUCGAAUUACCAAAGGGGGAUUGUCGAUAUAUCCUACUUCAUCCCAAGCACCAAGGUAUGCGCUGUGCCUGCGUAGGUUUCGCUUUGAACCGAUCCAUACCGGGCAGUACGUGCGAAUGUGGUCACCAAGCUUGCUAUCACGCAGUGAAAAAGGAAACUGGCGUUGUGGAAAGACAAGAGAUGGAACAUCUGAAGGCGCUAGUUGCUUCGCUGCAGAGACAAUUGGAAUGCGAAAAACAGCAGAGAUUGGAGAGGCAAGCUCAGACCGAGGAAUUGCUGGAUAAGAAUAAAACGGAGAUGGAUGCUGGGUUCAAGGGUGUGUAUCGCGACAUGGGUGGUCUGUGGCAUCAUGUUGGAAUAUUGAAUAAACGGAUGCCAUAUUUUCAGGACAGUAUAGAAGGGUUGGUGGAUGAUUCGCAGAGGAUGCGUAGUCAGUUGAUAGAGGUCGAUCAUGCAUCGAUACGUCUAGAGGAGAGAGUCGAGGUCUUGGAAAGUUCAAUAUCGACUACUCUUCCCCGCCGGAGAAAAGCUUCCACCCCACCAUCGACAGAAGUCGACGACGAAUCCAAAGAGCAGGAGCCUACUCAAACAUCGUCAGUAUCAUCCGAUGAAGAUAAGACACUGCAGCAUCUCGAAACGGGCCAUGAAUCCUCGCAUGUGGAAUCUUUCAGAUCACGAGUCUCCUCGGUAGGAGAGGACCCAUCGGCUUGGACUGUUCAUGUUUCUCUCUUACCCAAACAUACACAGCCAUUUCCAUUUGAGAAAGACACAGCGGCGUACAAACGAUGUUUGUCUCGUGGACUCCAUCAAGUAGUCGUCAUCCCAGACUCGGACAGUCUAUCAUUCAAAAACGCAGUAAGCGAAGCAUUCGCAAAUAUCCUCCAAGGUCGAGAAUGGCAACCAUUAGUAGCACGAAUCUGCGAUGCAAAGAAUCUGUGCGGCCUCCCGAUGCUCCGCCAACUAGAAGAACCUCUCCUCUGCAUGGACUACGAUAAAGAAUUCCUACAACAGAACUGCGCCGUGGUCGAUGAAUCCGGAAAAAUCCUAGACUUGUACAUCGCUAUGACGAACGAUACCCUAUCAUGGGACGCAAUUCGCGGAGUAGAACCAUUCAAGCCAGGACUGGAAGCAGCAUGGAUCCACGAUCCGCUUCUGGACUUGGAAACGAAUAGCUUAUCGGCUUCAGGACAGCUAAAUGGAAAUGCGGAUAAACCAGCAGCUGGAGACAUCGUCCCGCCAUGGUCACCAUCACUUAAACGCAGUGCUUCCGAGAUCUCACGAACUCCGAGUUUUGGCUCAUCAACAGACGGCGAAAAUGGAAGAGCGGGAACGAAACUAAGACGGCAGUGCAAAGGAGCAGGUGCGGAAAUUGUCGAGAGGAGAGCAGAAGCUGUUUGA